CAUGCCAAAUACCACAUCUGUACUUAAAAACUCAAAAUCGAUCAUACUUUAUGAUCAUAAUACGACAACAUUUGAAGCCAAAGCUACAGUAAAAUGUGACACUGGAUAUGUCUACCCAAUUGGAAAAAGCAAUAUAACUGAAUAUCAAAUGACUUGUGAAUCAAAUGGUCAAUGGAAAAAGGGUGGUGAUUGUGUGAAGAUUGACUGUCUCAUGCCAAAUACCACAUCUGUACUUAAAAACUCAAAAUCGAUCAUACUUUAUGAUCAUAAUACGACAACAUUUGAAGCCAAAGCUACAGUAAAAUGUGACACUGGAUAUGUCUACCCAAUUGGAAAAAGCAAUAUAACUGAAUAUCAAAUGACUUGUGAAUCAAAUGGUCAAUGGAAAAAGGGUGGUGAUUGUGUGAAGAUUGACUGUCUCAUGCCAAAUACCACAUCUGUACUUAAAAACUCAAAAUCGAUCAUACUUUAUGAUCAUAAUACGACAACAUUUGAAGCCAAAGCUACAGUAAAAUGUAACACUGGAUAUGUCUACCCAAUUGGAAAAAGCAAUAUAACUGAAUAUCAAAUGACUUGUGAAUCAAAUGGUCAAUGGAAAAAGGGUGGUGAUUGUGUGAAGAUUGACUGUCUCAUGCCAAAUACCACAUCUGUAAUUAAAAACUCAAAAUCGAUCAUACUUUAUGAUCAUAAUACGACAACAUUUGAAGCCAAAGCUACAGUAAAAUGUGACACUGGAUAUGUCUACCCAAUUGGAAAAAGCAAUAUAACUGAAUAUCAAAUGACUUGUGAAUCAAAUGGUCAAUGGAAAAAGGGUGGUGAUUGUGUGAAGAUUGACUGUCUCAUGCCAAAUACCACAUCUGUACUUAAAAACUCAAAAUCGAUCAUACUUUAUGAUCAUAAUACGACAACAUUUGAAGCCAAAGCUACAGUAAAAUGUGACACUGGAUAUGUCUACCCAAUUGGAAAAAGCAAUAUAACUGAAUAUCAAAUGACUUGUGAAUCAAAUGGUCAAUGGAAAAAGGGUGGUGAUUGUGUGAAGAUUG